AUGCAGAAGUGGCUAGGAUUGUGGAAAAUGGAUUUGGUACAAAAGGUUUCUCAUGGUGUGCUGCAUAAGUCGUUUGAAGAACCAGUUGCUUUUACGAAUCAUGAUUGUGUAGUAUUAGGGGAAAUAUACCCCGAGCAAGACCAAGAAAGUAGCCCUGAACAAGGCGAACAAGAUAGUGGGUAUCGCAGCGAAGUGGCCAGUGGUGGGUUUUUCAGCACCCUGUUUGGAAGGGAGAAUUCUUCCUAUACAAGGGAUUUUCUUUUGGAUGUACGAUCAAGGGUCAACUUUACAUAUCGGACGAGGUUUGUUCCUAUAGAAAGAGCUCCAGAUGGGCCUUCCCCUUUAAGUCUAAAUGUACUAGUACGUACAAAUCCGAUCAAUACCAUAGAGAACUAUAUAACAAAUCCUGAUUGUUUUAACACUGAUAUUGGCUGGGGUUGUAUGAUAAGGACGGGACAAAGUUUGCUGGGCAAUGCCUUACAGAUCGUUCAUUUGGGAAGAGAUUUUAGAAUCAAUAGUAACGAGAGUUUAGAAAGAGAAUCAAAAUUUGUAGACUGGUUUAACGACACUCCUGAAGCUCCAUUUUCGUUGCAUAACUUUGUUUCUGCUGGUACAGAACUCUCUGGUAAAAGACCAGGUGAAUGGUUCGGCCCCGCAGCCACCGCCAGAAGUAUACAAUUUUUAAUAUAUGGCUUUCCGGAAUGUGGUAUCAAUGAUUGUAUAGUCUCUGUUUCAUCUGGCGAUGUAUAUGAAAAUGAGGUCGAAGAGGUAUUUGUAAAGAAUCCAGAUAGCCGGAUACUGUUUUUGUUAGGCGUAAAGCUCGGUAUUGAUGCAGUGAAUGAAAGCUAUAGAGAAAGCAUAUGUGGUAUUCUAAAUUCUGUGCAUUCAGUAGGCAUUGCUGGUGGUAGGCCGUCUUCGUCAUUGUACUUUUUUGGCUAUGAAAGAAAUGAAUUUUUACAUUUCGAUCCUCAUAUUCCCCAACCAGCAAUAGAAGAUUGCUUUGUAGAAUCAUGCCAUACCACUAAAUUCGGCAAACUGCAGUUAUCGGAAAUGGAUCCCUCAAUGCUUAUAGGUGUUUUAAUCAAAGGCGAAGAAGACUGGCAGCGAUGGAAGCUAGAAAUUGCGGAAUCCACUAUUAUAAAUGUUCUUCCUAAGAGAAUGAAUGGUUUUGAUUUGAAUUGUAGCGUUGAUGAUAUAGAAAGUAUUGAUUCAGAUUCCAUGGAGAAGGAUACAAGAAAUAAUGAAAUUCCCGGAAUGAUAGGAGGAGAUUACGUAGAUAUUGGCGCAGUAGUUCCACAUUCAACGAAUGCAGAAGAGUAUGAUUGUUUUCAAGACAUUCACUGCAAGAAUCAGAAAAUCGUUGUCAUGGGAAACACACACGCGGUAAAUGCAAAUUUAACAGACUACGAAGUAGAAGGAGUUCUUGUCGAGAAGGAAACAGUAGGUAUUCCGAGUCCUAUCGAUGAUAAAUGCUAG